CUCCGCAUUACCAAAGCAGGAGUUGGAAUAGUAGUAAGCGGCCCAAAGACCCAGACAGCUAGCACUAUCUGAUUGCAAGAGUCCCUGCCCUUUCCUCCUGAUUUUCUUGCCUUCAGCUGCCUGCUCCAUCUCCUAGGAAGAAGGGACCAGUCUCAGAGCGGAGAAAGGGAAUCCCCCAGAACAGACGCUCCUCCUGAGUCCUCAGCCAGAGGAAGGGGAUCCCCCCUCCUUCCUCGGAGGCAGGGACGCUGAAUUUCUGCCAGUGAGGGGUGUCUCUCAAGGAAGGACGUGGGAAGAACAUAGCCCGAAGACCUGUGGGUGAAACAAACCCAAGGACCACAAAGGAGAUGUGCUUUGUGGUGAACCCACAUGAAGCCUGCUAAGGGUCUGGGGGCUGGUUGCAGUAAAGAGGCUGGGACUCAGACUGAGGCUGCUGGGCAUUGACUUGGGGUAGGGAAGGAGGCUGCUUCAUUUCCCUCCACUCGUGACUGGAGACCAAGUACCCCUCUGACCACGAAUCCUCUUUCCCCAGCUCCAGCCUUAAUCUCCAGGAUGCCAGGGCUGUGGUAUAUCUGGCUGGGUUUCCUCUGUCAUCUGUGCCAUGGCUACUUUGAUGGGCCCCUCUACCCAGAGAUGUCCAACGGGACCCUGCAUCACUACUUUGUGCCCGACGGGGACUAUGAAGAGAACGAUGACCCGGAGAAGUGUCAGUUGCUCUUCCGAGUGAGUGACCACCGGCGCUGCGCCCAAGGAGAGACGGGCCAGGCCAGCAGUCUGCUGAGCCUCACCCUGCGGGAAGAGUUCACGGUGCUGGGGCGACAGGUCGAAGAUGCAGGCAGGGUCCUGGAGGGCAUCAGCAAGAGCAUCUCCUAUGACUUGGAUGGAGAGGAAAGCUAUGGAAAGUACCUGCGCCGGGAAUCCAAUCAGAUCGGUGAUGCUUACUCCAACUCUGACAAGUCACUCACUGAGCUGGAGAGCAAGUUCAAGCAGGGCCGGGAGCAGGAGGGCAGGCAAGAGAGCAGGCUUAAUGAUGAUUUUCUGGGGAUGUUAAUCCAUACCAGGUCUCUACUUAAGGAAACUUUGGAUGUCUCCGCAGGGCUGAGGGAUAAAUACGAGCUACUCGCCCUAACCAUCCGAAGCCACGGCACCCGGUUAGGGAGACUCAAAAACGACUAUCUCAAAGUGUAGGUGGGACUUCCAACAGCACACACUGGAGGUGAAGAGACUGUCAAUACUGUGUUGGGGACAUCACUUCUCUCCCCAUCAUCUUCCCUCCCAGAUUGAUACUUUGGAUUUCCCUUUGAAAAGUAAGUCUGGGGUACAAUUGAAAAAAGAAAGUCGCAGCUCUAUCACUCUGUAUGAUAUUUGUGGUGGUGGUUGCUCUAGAUUUUUCUGCUAUAAAAGCACUGUUAAUGGAACUCCAGUAACUUCAAAAGGUGCUGUGGGAUCAUGCCUGAUCAUCUAUGCCUACCAGUUCAGUUACUUGCUUGUUUCAGAAAUCACCUGGAAGCCGGGAAGUCAGGAGACUUUUCCCUCGAUGACUCUUCACUCACAAUGCUUCUGGUUGGAAAAGGCGAUAAAACCUCAGCAUGCCCUGAAUCUAACCCUGAUCUGCAUUUUCAUUUAGCAACCAAGCAGCAAAAUCUCCAGGUUUAUCCUUCACUGCCUCCUUUUCUCUUUUAUUUAUUAGCUGUGGUUUCUAUUUUUUCAGGGAAGGAAUCAACAGUACGUUGUACUCCCAUUACAAUGAGUGUGUGUGUGUGUGGAGGGGGGACUCUUCCCUGAAUUUCAGCAUGCUCAAAAUGAAAAAGACUGUGAGACAUGUAUCCCAGCUGUUGUGCUUACAAAUCCCAGUAACCCGAUGAGGGUCUUGCUGCCCCUCUGUUCCCCAGCUGGAUUGUCUCCAGUUAAGUGCCUUGUGCUUGGAAGCAAUGCCCAAGACCUUAGCAAUUUCAAGAGGAAGAGAUAUUUUGGAUCCAUCUUUAGAUGCUCAGGAUUUGGGCUCUCAGUGUAUCAUUUUGCUCUGGGGUUUUGAAUAGCUCCUUUAUAAGUCCAGGAAUCCUGAGAACCUAAUCACUCUUUAGCUGUCUUAAGUUUAUUAUUCAGAUGAUAAUUGUAUUCUCAUGUUAUAUAUUUCCAUAUUUUAUAACUUGAGGCUGUGAUGGUCACUCAUGUUUUAAAGAGUUGGCAGAAGGAGGAUAUAAGUCAAAUUUCUUAGACUAAGCAUUAAAUAAAGCAGGGAGAAAGAUUUCUCAGAUUGGUUCUUUCCCCUUUACCAGCUCCUGUUAUUUAAAAAAUGCCAACAACCUCCUAGAGCCUGUGCUGGGACCCUCAUAUGUAAACUUCACAAUUUUAUGCACUGAGCUGUUCUACUUAAAGCUAUCUUGUGUAGACAGACAGAAAAAGUGCACAGCUCACCAGCAAGCUCCAGCAGCCUCAUUGAGGAGCUGAGUGAUUUCCAGGGCUGUCGGAUUCCAGGAAUUGCAGGCAGGGCCAGUGAAGA